AUGUCAAAACGAGCUCAUCCUGAUACCGACUAUUCAAGUGAUGAUGGUGGGAAUACACCCUUCUAUCUCAACUCUACUAUCCCUAUACCACCCCCAAGUGCAGCCGAGAACACCACCAUGGAGAGCUUUGCCAAAGAAGCCUCGCCGGAAAGUCCUAAUGAUGUGAAGAGUUGGGCCAAACUUAUACUGUUGGAAUCUGCCACUCUCAAGGAAACUUUGGACAAUGUCGUGGUACCUUCAUUGAAUACUCUAUUGGAGAAGUCGACUCAUAACUUCCGUUCAGUCCAGCUGCGCAUCCUGAUUCUUGCGAGCAAUAUUAAGGGCAUUCACAACGACGAAGAAAGUACAAGAAGAGCUUUGGAAAAAGUGGAGAAAAUGGUACAGUGGUUGCUUGAGCAUCCGAAUCAUGGCUUAGACUAUAGAAAUUAUGAGGGCAAUAAUGACGGUACUAUUACUACGAAGGCUACAGAAAACGUCAACUUUAUAGAUUUGGAAAAAAGAUUGCAAAUUAUUGAAAACACUGUCAAUAUGGAAAAGAGAGAACCACUUUCGAAAAGUUCCCUUUAUCCAGGCUACUCCAAGACAGGCACAGUAUUGGCGUAUUCCGAAGGGAGUCCAACAGGUACAGGCACAAAUGGUGCAAGUAUUAUUAAUAGUCACAUUAAUACAAUUGAGCUUAAAGAGCAGAUUUCAUUAAUGCAGAUGAAGAUUCAGAAAUUAGAAGACCAACUAGCUCAGUUUGUUUCCAGAGUUGAGUCACAGCCACAGCCAGCAGAAAGUGCCAGCUCCAAUGUGACACACAUUUCUCAAAACGACAGGAUCUCUUAA